AUGUCUUCUAUUUACAAAGCAGCAGCUGUUCAUGCAACGCCAGUCUUUAUGGAUAAGGUUGCAACGACUGAAAAAGUAAUUGAAUACAUAAAGGAUGCAAAGAAAGCGUCGGUUGAACUUCUCGUCUAUCCGGAAACGUUCAUUCCCGGCUAUCCAUAUUUCAUUGAAUGUUAUCCAACCUUGAUACAACCACCUGUACUUGCUGAAUAUAUUGAACAAUCUGUUGAAAUUGACGGACCAGAAAUCAGAAAAAUUCAAGCAGCCUGUCGCGAUUAUGGUGUGUGCAUCGUGCUCGGUAUUUCUGAGCGAAUGUCAGGCACUCAUACAUGUUUCAAUUCUCAAGUCUUCGUUGAAUCUGAUGGAACACUGCUGGGAGUUCAUCGAAAACUUCAACCAACUUAUGUUGAACGAAUCAUUUGGGCCAAUGGAGGUGGAUACACUUUACGCUGCUAUUCUUCGAAACAUGGCAUUCUUGGUGGAUUAGCAUGCUGGGAAAAUACAAUGAAUGGUGCGCGACAAGCGCUCAUUCAACAGGGCGAACAAAUUCAUGCAGGUGCAUGGCCUGCCUUGAGCACUAUGGCGGGGUUUGAAGCCGUGGCAGAUAUUCAGAUUGAUGCUAUGAUGAAAAAUCACGCAUUGACUGGUCAAUGCUGGGUUAUUUAUGCGUCUAAUACAAUUGAUCAGCUGUGUCUUGACUGGAUGGAAGCCAGAUUGGGCAAGCAAGACUUGGUCAAGGUUGGAGGAGGUCUGAGUGGCAUCAUUCAUCCUUUCAAUAUGUAUCUCGCUGGGCCUCAUAAAGGUUUGGAGCAGAAACUUGUCAUCGGCGAGAUUGAUCUCAAUCAACUUGGUAUUGUCAAAGUUUGGAUAGAUUCAGCAGGACAUUAUAGUAGACCUGAAGUUCUUCAGAAUUAUGUCAAUCGUGCUCAAAUCUGGCCAGACGAGAAAAAUAUCGCAUGUCCAAUGAAGAAAGCUUCUUCUGUGGAUGAAAAAUCUGCUAGCACAUCUGAAGAAGUUGGUUCAAGUGCGAACGAAUACAAGAAAGAAUAA